UAAAACUUUAAUUUCUAAUUCAAGUCAUGCAGGCUGUAAGAAACGCAGGGUCGUGGCUCCUGCGGACUUGGCCCCAGACAACUGGGAUCGUGGCCAGGACUCCGGCCCGGACCGUCCACACAGGCGCCCAGCAGCUGCAAGACGCUGAGCCCAAGCAGGAAGUUGAAGAGAAGACGGCAGCUCCCAGACACACCAGCUUCAGCAUUUACCCUCCCAUUCCAGGAGAGGAGAGCUCUCUGAGGUGGGCAGGAAAGAAGAUUGAGGAGAUCCCAGUCGCACAUAUGAAAGCAUCCUACAAUAAGACACGGAUCCAGGUAGUCUCUGCCAGUAACCAGCCCCUUGCCCGUGCUUCCUGUGGCACAGAGGGAUUUUGGGAUGCCAAGAAGGGCACAGGCAUCGCAGCACAGACAGCAGGCAUAGCCGCAGCUGCGAAAGCUAUACAAAAGGGCGUGACCCACAUCCGAGUUGUGGUGAAAGGCCUGGGGCCAGGACGCUUGUCUGCCAUCAACGGUCUGACCAUAGGGGGCCUGGAAGUGAUUUCAAUCAGAGACAACACCCUACCGCACAAGGGCUGCCGUCCCAGGAAGGCUCAGAGGCUGUGAUGGGAAGGAAGCCUGCACUUGGACCUGGCCUCAAGCCUCAGCUCGUCGGACCUUGUAGAAAGCUCCCUGUCAGAGCCCUUUCCAGAAUAUGCUUACUGGAGAUGCUUCAGACGGUAAGGGUGAGCUUUACCUCCUUACACAGUGGCCUUUGCUUGUACCUUCAGCUGGAGAUAGGUGUGCCCCAGAAGUGAGCUUUGCUUCUCUUGACAAGAGGGGAGCAAUGCGUGGGGGGGUGGGGGGUGGGGAGCGGGUAGGGGCGGCAGCCGUGGCCUAGACCUAACUUCUGCUCUGAGAAAAUAAAAAAUCUGUACCAUUAAAAAACAAACCAAACAAAAAAAACAAAGCUUUCCUUUCUAUGAUAUAUUUUCUAGCAAAUUUUGUAUUUGUCUCAUUUUGUAUUUGUCUCACUUUACCAAAAGCCUUUCUUUUUACAAGCAAUGAAGCACCAUGCUAACUGAUUUACCCCUCUCACCUGUGGACAGUGUAUGCUUUUAUCUUAAAUGAUCUGAAAGUUAUAUUUAUAAGCACACUCUCCAGUUGAAACCAGUUUUUCAGGGCAUUAGAAAACACCAAAGUUCUGAUCAAAACCCUCAAAACACCAUGUGAAAUGACACAGCAU